UCUAAUCAUGCCACCUCCUCCCUUCCAGCUCCAGGAGGCGCGCCCCGAGCCCGGGAGGCAUGCUGAGGCCAGGCCGCAGGCAGGAUGAGUGUGAACGAGGCAGGCAGCUCCGGCCGCCUGGGGCAGGCGGCCUACCACCUGCACAUCUACCCGCAGCUGGCCACCAGCGAGAGCCAGGCCUCCUGCCAGGCCUCGUGCCGCGUGACAGCCACCAAGGACAGCACCACGUCCGAUGUCAUCCAGGACGCCAUCGCCAGCCUGCGGCUGGACGGCACCAAGCGCUACGUGCUGGUGGAGGUCAAGGAGACGGGCGGGGAGGAGUGGGUGCUGGACGCCAACGACUCGCCCGUGCACCGCGUGCUGCUGUGGCCACGGCGGGCACAGGACGAGCAUCCCCAAGAGGACGGCUACUACUUCCUGCUGCAGGAGCGCAACGCAGAUGGGACCAUCAAGUACGUGCACAUGCAGCUGGUGUCCCAGGCCACGGCCGCCCGGCGCCUGGUGGAGCGCGGCCUCCUGCCCCGGCCGCAGGCAGACUUUGACGAUCUGUGCAACCUACCCGAGCUGACCGAGGAGAACCUCCUGAAGAACCUCAAGCACCGCUUCCUGCAGCAGAAGAUCUACACAUAUGCCGGGAGCAUCCUCGUGGCCGUCAACCCCUUCAAAUUCCUCCCCAUCUACAACCCCAAGUACGUGAAGAUGUACGAGAACCAGCAGCUGGGCAAGCUGGAGCCGCACGUGUUUGCACUGGCCGACGUCGCCUACUAUGCCAUGCUCCGCAAGCAUGUCAACCAGUGCAUUGUCAUCUCAGGCGAGAGCGGCUCCGGCAAGACGCAGAGCACCAACUUCCUGAUCCACUGCCUCACCGCCCUGAGCCAGAAGGGCUAUGCCAGCGGCGUCGAGAGGACCAUCCUCGGCGCUGGCCCAGUGCUGGAGGCUUUUGGGAAUGCUAAAACAGCCCACAACAACAAUUCCAGCCGAUUUGGGAAAUUCAUCCAGGUCAACUACCUGGAGAGUGGCAUCGUGAGAGGAGCUGUUGUUGAAAAAUACCUGCUUGAAAAGUCUCGCCUGGUCUCUCAGGAGAAGGAUGAGAGGAACUACCACGUGUUUUAUUAUUUGUUACUUGGCGUCAGCGAGGAAGAGCGUCAGGAAUUUCAGCUCAAGCAGCCUGAAGAUUAUUUCUACCUCAACCAGCAUAACUUGAAGAUCGAAGAUGGGGAGGACCUGAAGCACGACUUUGAAAGACUCAAGCAGGCCAUGGAGAUGGUGGGCUUCCUCCCUGCCACCAAGAAGCAGAUUUUUUCCAUCCUCUCGGCCAUCCUGUAUCUGGGCAACGUCACUUACAAGAAGAGAGCCACGGGCCGAGACGAAGGCCUGGAGGUUGGGCCCCCCGAGGUGCUGGACACGCUGUCGCAGCUCCUGAAGGUGAAGCGAGAAAUCUUGGUGGAAGUUCUGACCAAAAGAAAAACAGUGACCUCCAAUGACAAGCUCAUCCUUCCCUAUAGUCUCAGUGAGGCCAUCACCGCCCGUGACUCCAUGGCCAAGUCACUGUACAGCGCCCUAUUCGACUGGAUCGUGCUACGGAUCAACCACGCCCUCCUUAACAAGAAGGACAUGGAAGAGUCCGUCUCAUGCUUGUCCAUCGGGGUCCUCGACAUCUUUGGGUUUGAAGACUUCGAGAGGAACAGUUUUGAGCAAUUCUGCAUCAACUACGCCAACGAGCAGCUCCAGUAUUACUUCAACCAGCACAUUUUUAAACUGGAGCAGGAGGAGUACCAGAGCGAAGGGAUCUCGUGGCACAACAUUGACUACACAGACAACGUUGGCUGCAUCCAUCUGAUCAGCAAGAAGCCCACCGGCCUCUUCUAUCUGCUGGACGAAGAGAGCAACUUUCCCCACGCCACAAGCCAGACCCUGCUGGCCAAGUUCAAACAGCAGCACGAGGACAACAGGUACUUCCUCGGCACGCCCGUCAUGGAGCCGGCGUUCAUCAUCCAGCACUUCGCAGGGAAGGUGAAAUAUCAGAUCAAGGACUUCCGGGAGAAGAACAUGGACUACAUGCGGCCGGACAUCGUGGCCCUCCUGCGGGGCAGCGACAGCUCCUACGUGCGGGAGCUCAUCGGCAUGGACCCAGUAGCCGUGUUCCGCUGGGCGGUGCUCCGGGCCGCCAUCCAGGCCAUGGCCGUGCUCCGGGAGGCUGGGCGCCUUCGGGCUGAGAGGGCCGAGAAGGCUGCAGGUCUGGGCAGCUCUGGUCCCCGAAGUCACCUGGGAGAGCUGCACAGAGGAGCCAGCACCCCGUCAGAAAAACUGUACCGCGAUUUGCAUGACCAAAUCAUCAGGACCAUCAAAGGAUUGCCCUGGCAGGGUGAGGAUCCCCGUAGGCUUCUCCAGUCCCUCAGUCGGCUCCAGAAACCCCGCACCUUCAUCCAGAAAAGUAAAGGUAUCAAACAAAAGCAGAUCAUUCCAAAGAACCUGCUGGACUCCAAAUCCCUGAAGCUCAUCAUCAGUAUGACCCUGCACGACCGCACCACCAAGUCCCUGCUGCACCUGCACAAGAAGAAGAAACCACCCAGCAUCAGCGCCCAAUUCCAGACAUCCCUUAAUAAGCUCCUGGAGGCACUGGGGAAGGCAGAGCCCUUCUUCAUCCGCUGCAUCCGCUCCAAUGCUGAGAAGAAAGAGCUGUGCUUCAAUGACGAGCUGGUGCUGCAGCAGCUGCGCUACACAGGCAUGCUGGAGACCGUGCGGAUCCGGAGGUCGGGCUAUAGCGCCAAGUACACGUUCCAGGAUUUCACAGAGCAGUUCCAGGUGCUGCUGCCCAAGAACACCCAGCCCUGCAGGGAGGUCAUCUCUGCCCUGCUGGAAAAGAUGGACAUAGACAAGAGGAGCUACCAGAUCGGCAAGACCAAGGUUUUCCUGAAGGAGACAGAGCGGCAGGCCCUGCAGGAGACACUGCACCGGGAGGUGGUGCGCAAGAUCCUGCUCCUGCAGAGCUGGUUCCGGAUGGUGCUGGAGCGCAAGCACUUCCUGCAGAUGAGGCGGGCAGCUGUCACCAUCCAGGCCUGCUGGCGGUCCUACCGCGUCCGCCGGACACUGGAGAGGACGCAGGCGGCAGUGUACCUCCAGGCCGCGUGGAGGGGCUACCAGCAGCGAGUAGCCUACCGGCGCCAGAGACAGAGCAUCAUCCGCCUGCAGAGCCUCUGCCGGGGUCACCUGCAGCGCAAGAGCUUCAGCCAGAUGAUGGCGGAGAAGCAGAAGGCUGCAGAGAAGGAGAGGCCGGUGGCGCAAGGCCCAGAACUGUCGGAGGACCGCGAGCCGGUGGUGCCAGAGCCCAAGGCGUGGCCCAGCGAUGGGACCCUGGGGGAGAGCUUCCAAUCCGAGAAGAUCCCGAGCCCGGAGAAGGAGGUCCCGAGCCUGGAGAAGCCGCUUCCACCCCAGAGGAGCGCAGCCGAAAGUCACGAGAAAGUGCCCAGCAGCCGGGAAAAGCGUGAGUCGAGGCGGCAGAGGGGGCUGGAGCACGUUAAGCUCCAGAACAAACACAUCCAGUCCUACAAGGAAGAGCACACCCUCCGAGAACCUUCCGGGAGGGCUGCCCCAGAGCACGAGGAGAGCCACCCAGAAAACAGAAAGGAGAGCAGAGAAGAUGAAACCCCUCCAGAAGCAGGGACGGAGACUGAGAUCGCUUCUCCUAAAAAGCAGCCCACAGGGCCCGCACAAGCCAUGCCAGGCAGCCAGGUCUUGGAGGAAGCCCAGAGCGGGAGCCCCGGGCCCGGCCACCUGGAACGGCCCACCAGCCUGGCUCUGGACAGCAGGGUCGGCAUGCUGGUCCCCAGUGCCACCCCAGAGACUCCCAAGGACAAAGGCAAGCUGGGGGUCAGCCCGAGAGCCCAGGACAGGCCCGAGAGCCCUGGAGGUGCCACCCAGAUCCAGCGGUACCGAGACUCAGAUGCCGAGCGGCUGGCCACCGCUGUGGAGCUGUGGCGGGGCAAGAAACUGAUGACCGCUGGCCCUAGCGCCAUGUUGAGCCAGUCCCUGGACCUCAGUGAGCGGCACCGGGCCAUCAGGCCUGCCCUCACGCCCACAGAGGAGAGGCGCAUUUCCUUAUCCACGAGCGACGUCUCCAAGCUCCUCCAGUCCCCAUCCCAGACCAAGACUCAGCCUUCAGCCGAAACCGUGGACGGGGAGCCUGGCACCAAGAAGCCGACCAUCCAGAAAAAGAAGUCAGGCGAUGCAUCCUCCGGCCCAGAUGCAGGGCUGUCCCCAGUCUCUGCUGACUCCAAAUCCACAUUUAAGAGACUUUUCCUGCAUAAGAACAAGGAUAAGAAAUACAGCCUGGAGGGCGCAGAGGAGAUGGAGAACACAGCACCUGCGCACGUCGUGCUGGAAGCCGCCACCAUGAAGAAGAACCUAGAAGCCCCCUCCGGCUACCAGCACCGCCACACCUUGGGCGAGAAGCACACCAAGGAGCCAGGAGGCAAAGGGAAGAAGAACCGAAACCUCAAGAUCGGUAAAAUCACAGUGUCAGAGAAGUGGCGGGAGUCGGUGUUCCGCCAGAUCACCAACGCCAACGAGCUCAAGUACCUCGACGAGUUCCUGCUCAACAAGAUAAACGACCUGCGUUCCCAGAAGUCUGCCAUCGAGAGCUUGUUCAUCGAAGCCACCGAGAAGUUCAGGAGCAACCUCAAGACCAUGUACUCCGUCCCCAAUGGGAAGAUCCAUGUCGGCUACAAGGACCUGAUGGAGAACUACCAGAUCGUCGUGAGCAACCUGGCGGCUGAGCGCGGUGAGAAGGACCCCAACCUGGUCCUCAACCUCUUCCAGUCGCUGCUAGACGAGUUCACCCGCGGGCACACCAAGAACGACUUCGAGCCUCCCAAGCAGAGCAAAGCGCAGAAGAAGAAACGAAAGCAGGAACGCGCUGUCCAGCAGCACAACGGGCAUGUGUUCGCCAGCUACCAGGUGAGCAUCCCGCAGUCGUGCGAGCAGUGUCUCUCCUACAUCUGGCUCAUGGACAAGGCCCUGCUGUGCAGUGUGUGCAAGAUGACCUGCCACAAGAAGUGUGUGCACAAGAUUCAGACCUACUGCUCUUACACAAGUGGGAAGAAGAUCGAGCCAGGCACUGAGCCGGGCCACUUUGGCGUCUGCGUGGAUAGCCUGACCAGCGACAAAGUCUCGGUGCCCAUCGUGCUGGAGAAGCUCCUAGAACACGUGGAGAUGCAUGGCUUGUACACUGAGGGCCUCUACCGCAAGUCAGGGGCCGCCAACCGCACGAGGGAGCUCCGGCAGGCGCUGCAGACGGACCCCACAGCAGUCAAACUGGAGAACUUUCCCAUCCACGCCAUCACCGGAGUGCUCAAGCAGUGGCUGCGGGAGCUGCCCGAGCCCCUCAUGACCUUUGCCCAGUACGGAGACUUCCUCCGUGCUGUCGAGCUGCCAGAGAAACAGGAGCAGCUGGCCGCCAUCUACGCUGUCCUGGAGCACCUGCCAGAGGCCAACCAUAACUCCCUGGAACGGCUCAUCUUCCACCUGGUCAAGGUGGCCCUGCUCGAGGAUGUGAACCGCAUGUCACCCAGCGCACUAGCCAUCAUCUUCGCACCCUGCCUCCUGCGCUGCCCCGACAACUCGGACCCCCUGACCAGCAUGAAGGACGUCCUCAAGAUCACCACGUGCGUAGAGAUGCUGAUCAAAGAACAGAUGAGAAAGUACAAAGUGAAGAUGGAGGAGAUCAACCAGCUGGAGGCUGCUGAGAGCAUCGCCUUCCGAAGGCUCUCUCUCCUGCAACAAAACGCUCCAUGGCCUCUCAAACUGGGGUUUUCGUCUCCCUAUGAGGGGGUCCUGAUCAAGAGCCCUAAGACCCGAGGGAGCAGCAGUGGUGGCCUGGAGGAGCUGGGGGUGCUGCCGGAGGAGGAAGUGGCUGGUGGUGAUGAGGAUCGGGAGAAGGAGAUCCUCAUCGAGCGGAUCCAGUCCAUCAAGGAGGAGAAGGAGGACAUCACAUACCGGCUGCCGGAGCUGGACCCUCGGGGGUCCGAUGAGGAGAAUCUGGACUCAGAGACAUCAGCCAGCACCGAAAGCCUGUUGGAAGAUCGGGCCGGGCGGGGGGCCUCGGAAGGGCCCCCCGCGCCUGCUCUCCCCUGCCCUGGCGCGCCCACCCCGAGCCCCCUCCCUGAGGCAGCCGCCCCUCCUCGACGAAGGCCGUCGUCCUUCUUGACGGUCAGAGUGAAGACCCCCCGGCGGACCCCCAUCAUGCCCACGACCAACAUCAAGCUCCCGCCCGGCCUGCCCUCCUAUCUCCCUGGCCGGGUGCCGGGUACCCAGGAAGCUGCUGCCCUGGUGAGGCGCCGAGAGCCGCCUGCCCGCCGCCCGGACCAGGUACACUCUGUGUAUAUCACACCCAGUGCUCACCUGCCUGCUCAGGGCACUCAGGAGCCUCUGGACAAGGAUGACCGGCCACCUGGGGCCAAGCGGAGGUACUCAGACCCCCCGACCUACUGCCUGCCCCCAGCCUCGGGCCAAGCCAAUGGCUGAGGGCCCACAGCUGCUGGAGUUCACGUGUCCAAGGAUGGCCCGGUGCCAGAGCUAGGCACUAGCGCUCCAGAGUCAGCAUUCAGUGGUCUGAGAAGGAUCCGGAAUGAAAAGCUCCAAGAGCGAUGCAAGGUGGGCACUGGCUCCAAGUGAGUCCAGGCAGGGAAAGGCUGGCGGAAGCCCAGCCACCCUUGCUGAGCCCCCAUGUCUCACAGAGGCGCCCGCCCAGAGCACUGAAUCAUGGCGGGCAGCCUGGCAUCUCCCAACUCCCCUUUUGUAUGUUUUUACGGUAACUGUUUCUUUGUGCGUUGUUUACAUAACGUUAAACUGUAACAGCCUUAACAGAAGACCAAAUUGUUUUUUUAUAUGUGUAUGUACAAACUUUUUAUUAAUGCCCUGCACCUCCCUUAUAACCUGGACAUGAGUCUUCAGAGCAAAGCCCACACAGCCAUCAAGCUUCAAAAGCUCAGACCCACGCUGAGGGAUAGCUUGGAGGGCAGUCUGAGGGCCAGGACUCUGCAUGAAUUGUUUGGACACUUGGCGCACCUGACUACCCCAAGUCUGUCUUGGACUCGUACUCUGGUCCAGCCAGUGGCCACCUGGCCAAUGUGCAUUCAAGGGAGCAGUGGAGCCUUCCGUGAUGAUGACUAUUGGCUGGAGCCAGGACCUGAGGUGGUAGGCAGCCUCCGUCCAGGCACCAUAGACCUCACAUCCCAGGGAGACUCGACUCGAAUGUGGCCAUCACUCCUCUGUCUACUGUGACCUGGACCCAGGAAGCCAGAGGAGGCCGCCCUUGGCACUGUCCGCCCAGUGUGGCAGAACAGGAGCCCAAAAUUCAGGACCACUCAUGGGUGGGGAGGGCAAGGCCUGGGGUUGUACGUCCCUACAAGUCAACAGUGACAGCUUAGGCCUCUGGCAUCUCUGGAGUGGGGCUCCCCUCUGAGGCUCAGCCCACUCUCCAGACACCUGAACACAUGGCCACAGGUCUGGGACCAGAGGCACCCAGAGGCCACAUGAAAUAAAGAAAAAGUGCCUGAGA